GUUAGCUGAGUUAGCCUGCUGUCACCAAAACAACCACCACAUCCUGCACUGAUGAUGUAGUCCUUGUUGGGGACACAUUAAUGUUUACACUACGAAAGAUGUGUGGUGAAAUGAGUCCCAGAUCACUGCGACCAGGGGUUUAAGUGAUUGGAUCGCAAUGUGCCUUGGUGAUCAUUUACACAAGUAUUUAGCACUGUCCACUUGCGAUCGGGUCACCCAAGGUGCAUGUUAAUACAAGGUAUAAAUAGGCUCUAUGUCGUCAUUGUUGUAUAAUAAAUCAAAAAUGAUGACAUACUAGAUCUUAGCAUCAUUGUGACCCCUUUUACAUUAUACAUAGUCCUCAGUCAGGGGUAACAGUUGGUUGUUGGUUUGUUUGUUGGUCUGUUAAUUUUUUGUUAUGUUUUUCUGGUCACUCUGUGAAUCAAAAUGGUAGUCUGACAAUAAGUUUGGGUGUUUCAUGUCAGUAACUAUAAAGAAGCAGAAAUGUAUUUUCAGAGAACAGAGACACAGCCCACUGUCUGCUAUAAAUAUUCACUCUACACCUCCCAUCUUCAGUCAGGGUCUCAUGUUAUAUGUCAAGGGCUGAGCUCAAAGGGUGGGAGCCAUAGAUUACAGUCCGGUCUGUGGAUCAAGUUUGUGUUGGACUCACUGAUGGCUUGGUAGGCAGAUUGUUUUUUCCAUCAAGUCUCUUGACUAGAUCAUCUGCUGUCUGUGGUGUCCAAGAACUUUAUUAGUUUUUUGCCCAAGAUGUUGUGUUUGGUUUCCUGUGGAGUGCUGCUGGCAUGUGCUGGCAGAGGCAGGCUCUCGUCUGUCAUCUGGUGGCAGUUGGGCUCGUAGCAACUUCCAGACGGUGAGCAACGUCAGUGCAAGAGACCAGCUCAACAACAGAACACAAGAAGUCUCUGCUGCACAGGUGUGGUUUAUGUGACAAACAUGGACAGUGCUGGUGAGAAGAGCAGGACCCAACUUCAGUUCAUCAGUGGCUCCAGUAACACAUCCACUGUUAGAAACCCCACCAUUCGUCUCCGGGACAUUUACGAUCCUCAGCCUAACCCUUCGAAAACUCCAGUCCGGAUACGUCCUCCAGGUCCAAGACCUCCUUCUGUAAAGGAACUCAAUUUAAGGCAAAGCUCACCCGGUGAUCCUCCAACCAAGACGAUUAUGAGGAGACGAACUCAGUCUCUUCCUUCAUCUGCAGAGAGUAAAAAGGAACUUAGGAGCCUGCAGGUUCGCUUUGUGGACUCAUUGGGCCUCGAGUUAGAGGAAGUUAAGGUCUUUAAAGUUCAAGAGCACCCCCUGAUACCCCAACAUGUCAUGUUCAGACUGCUCAUGAGCUCUGAACUGGCUUUUGGGAAGUCACUGGAGCUGUCCCUGCCUUACUUCAAACCUUGUUUCCCUGAAAAUGUAGGAGCUCAAUCAGACUUCCAGACACGUCUCUGUACUCAGAGCGUGUGUCUGGAGCAGGUCCUGUGUUCGGAGCAGGGAAUAACAGGCAUGAUACAAGUACUUAAUUUAGCUUAUGAGAAGGAAGUCACAGUGCACUACUCUUUCACCAACUGGAGAACACACACAGAAACAGCAGCUUCCUGGGUGUCGAGUGGGUACUGUGGGGAGUGCGGUUCUCCAGAAACAGAUAUCUUCAGAUUUCGUCUGCCUGUCCCACCCUUCAUUUUGCAGCCAGGAACCAUUCUAGAAUUUGCCAUCUGCUACCGUGUAAAAGGAUCUAAUUAUUGGGACAACAACAAUGGACAAAAUUACAAACUGUCAUGCCACAGUUACAAGGUGACUGUGCCGAGGGAGUGUGAGGACAGCAUGCUGCAUUUUACCUGAGUGUCCACAUGGGGAGCUGUAACACAUAUACAC